GCGAAAUGUCAGAAAAUUCUGAAUUACUUAAAAGACUCGAUCCUUUUGAUUAUUUUAAAAAAUUUCUCGUUGAAGGAAUUUACCCUGAAGGAAGGACAAUUAAUUCAUUUCGAGAUUCUUUAAUUGAAUGUAGAGGGAAUGUAAGUGAUUAUCAGUCUUGUGUAAAUGUUCAACAAGGAGGGACUUUUAUUUCUUGCAAUGUUAAAUUGAGUUUGGGGCCGGAUUCUGAUGAUUCUGUGUUUAAAUGGGAAAUUGAAGCAAUGGAGAGUGUUCCGAAGGAUUUAUUAGAACAUUCAAAAGCCCAUUUACGUGUAUUACUUGGAAGUGAUUCUUGUCUUAUUUCUCCAGAACAAUUGAUUGUUUUUACUCAAAAUGAAGGGAAAAACUCAAAAAAAUUUCAACUUAGAUGGACUUUACAUUUAAAAAUAAUGGUUCUCAGUUGGGAUGGUUUUCUAUUAGAUGCAAUAUUAACAGCUAUACAAGCUUCUCUUUUAAAUACACGGUUUUUAUUUUUUUAAUUUUAAAAAAUUCUUU